GCAUCGAUUGAAUCGAAAAAUUAUCAACAUUUCACAAAUGAUUAUAUCAAGAAACGAUUAGGAAAAGCAUUUUUACGUUUAGCAAGAGAUGAAAUGGGUGUUAUAGCAUUACAGACAGCAUUUGAUGGAUUAAAAUAUGAAAAAGUAUCGACAGUCAAUUGGACAAAAAGUUUAGAUAUA